AUGUCGCCUAAGAUCGAUCCCUCCAAGGUGAAGAUCCAGCCGAAGCGUCAUCACUUCUACAAUGCCCUUCUCUUCUUGCUCGGCACCCUCUUUCCACCUCUGGCUGUCGCAGCUCGCUUCGGCAUCGGGUCCGACUUCUGGUUAAAUCUGCUGUUGACCAUCUGUGGCUACAUCCCCGGGCAUGUCCAUAACUUCUAUAUCCAGAACGUCCGAAACAAUAAGACCAACCGCCGCACCCCCAAAUGGGCUCAGCGCUAUGGCCUCGUCGACACCUCGACCAUCGAGAGGCACAAGAAGCGUUCGGAGUGGGCUUACCGCUACAACGAGCGCAACCCGCACUCGACUCUGGAGGACCAACAGGUGGAGGACGGGCAAGUUGCCGGUUCCACAUCUUCCAUAUCAACCGACGCCCCCGUCCGUGCGCAUCAAACCGGUGGCGAGUUCUGGAACCCGGAUACAGAGGAGCAGUACUACAAUCCGGAUCCCAGCAACGGCGGGUCUUCCAAGCGCUGGCACUAUCCUGCCAACUUCCAGGACGCUAGCAUGCCGGAGCCGGUGAAGAAGAAGAAGUCCUCCAAGAAGGACCGCUUCGCUCGCACUGAGGAUGCGUACUCCAUGAACGACGAUUCAUCCCGGCGCCGGAAGAAGAAGAAACGCUCGAGCCGUCCAUCUGCGCCCGAGGACACCGGGUCGACGUACUCGCGCGCUUCAACUGCUGAGGGACCCGAGGCAGCCGAAGGCGCGUACGGCAAUAGCGGCGCGCGCCGGCCCGCCGCGUCCACUAACGACGAUGACAUCUUCCGCCACGAGUUUUAG